AUGGGGCAUUCAGACAUAAGGUGUUCGUACAAGAGAAUUCAAGUUGUCGGACAAGGAGCUUUUGGAUGCUGCUGGCUGGUGCAGGGGGGACGCGGGGAGCCGUAUAUCCUGAGACAAAUUGACGUGUCUAAGAUGUCGGAUAAAUUGAAGCAGGAGGCUGCCAACGAAGUGAGAGUCCUCAGCCGAUUGCGCCAUCCGUUCAUCAUCAACUACCGAGAAUGCUUCGUGGAAGACGGUUUGCUUUGUGUCGUCACAGACUUCGCUGAAAGUGGCGAUUUGUACCGAAGCAUUGAGAAACAGCGAGCGAAGCAAGAUUUAUUUUCCGAAGAAUUGGUUCUACGUUGGUUUACCCAGAUUGCAUUAGCUUUGAAGCACAUUCACGAUCGGCACAUUCUGCAUCGUGACUUGAAGACCCAGAAUAUCUUCUUGGCAGGUCCAGGUGAAGGCAUCGUCAAAGUGGGUGACUUUGGCAUUGCUCGCGUGUUGCAGCAUACUCAAGAUCUUGCGAAGACGGCUAUUGGAACUCCGUUUUAUCUUUCGCCCGAAAUCUGUCAAGAGAAGCCGUACAGCUAUCAGUCAGACAUCUGGUCUUUGGGCUGCAUCCUCUACGAGCUGGCAACGCUUCGUCAUGCUUUUGAUGCAGACUCGAUGCGUGGCCUCGUUGUCAAGAUACUGCGUGGUAUUCCAUCUGAAGUGGCAUCAACUUUUUCGGUCGAGUUCAGGCACAUGAUUCCGAAAAUGUUGCAGAAGGAUCCUCAUCAUCGCCCAUCAGUCGAUGCGAUUUUGAAGAUGACCUUGGUGCGCCGCACGAUUCGCCACCUGCUUGCCGAUUUGGAAUCGCAGCAAGGGCUGUCGGCUGCGCCUCCGCAUCCGAAGGUUUUUUCGGAGGCCAGACGCCGACAUCCCUUGCCGUUAUCCGAAACAAAUAUGCGGCUCGACAGUCCCAAGACGAGAGCGGCAGCGUCAGCGUCUCCAAGUGGCCGGCAGCACCUGCAUGAUGCAGCUCACGAUGAGAAGAACUCCGCAGGUAGGGCGCCGAGCUGCCCAAGUCGAACAGACCACAAGAUGCGCGAUUCGUUUGACACAGUCCAGCGGCACUUGAGCCUGCAGGGCAAAAUGCAUCGUGAAGGUCGCGAGACAGGGCAUCCAUCCACAGUGACGGCAGCUGUGCAACAGCAAUUCAUGCUGUCAGGCUCCAGCGUGGCCCAAGAAGGGGUUGUCUACCACCGGCCCAAGGCUUGCCUGUUGCUUUCCGAACAGGACGAAGCAGAUCGCAUCUCUGGUGUUGUGCAUCCAGACGGUGGAAUGUUCAAUUUGCAUGUCAGCAAGGACGACUCGUUGGCUUACCGCAUCGAGGCUUUACGAUUUUUCCUGGAGAACGAAAUGGGCCUUGCAGGUUUCAGUGCGGUGUGCAAGCAGAUUUCCGAAGGUUCGACGGGGGGAAAGGACAUCGAUGGUGUUAUCGCGACUCUCAUGACCGAGGCCAAUCCAUUACAGAGUGACUGCAGCGAUCCCGCCUGGCCACCACAGGCCGAAAGGUACUUGCCCCUGGUGAAGAAGCUCGUUCUGCUUGAGCAGGAAUGCUACGGACUGGGAGGCAGGAGGUCAGCUGCUUCAAGGAGGUGCUGGUGA